CGUUCCAGAAAACUCGUCGCCCAGUUCAGUCGCGAGGAGACCUCCCUACUAGUCCUCCGCGUGAUGGUGGGCCUGAUCAUCCUGUACGAUUGGGUGCACCCGUCGGGCGCCUUCUGCCGCUCAUCUUCAGUCGACGUGAAGGGCUGCGUGAAAUUCCUGCAGCAACAAACGCCGGCCAAGGCGGAGCCGUUGCUGAAUGCUCUUAGGUACACCACAAAACACCUGAACCACCAGUCGACACCGAAGAACAUACGGACGCUCCUCGCAGCGUGAGGGCAGCACUCAAGCCUUGCAUGCUGCUGUGGGGAAUGAUUCGACAAUAAUCAUCGUGGGGACUUCUCAGGGCUCGUACGCACACGCUUGUUCGAUGCAAAGCUUUAAGGCUGGGUUGCACCACCUAACUUUAACGAUAACCGGUAUUUUGUAUGGAGUUUGACAGAUUUUUGACGUUUGUUAAAGUCAAAGUAAGAUGGUGCAACCCAACCUAAGGGUUUUAGAAUCACAUUGACGUACGCUGACUGUCGGCGCUGGCACAGGACUAUUCCUCUCGUUCCUACCGCUUCAACUCCUGUGUAGCCAGAAUCUACAGCUUGACCGCCAAUAAAAACUCAACCAGUGAAGGUCAAGUUUAUCCCGGGGGAAAAAUUUAAAGUUAUUAGUUAAAAGUCGUUUCUUUUAAUAACAUAAUCCGUGAGCACUGACGAUCAGCUAGCGGUUAGCGCGAUUCUAUAACCCUCCUAAGAAACAUUCAUAAAACCAUUGCAAUGAACAAGCAAGCUCAAUAUAGAAAACAGUAGAAUCCAUUUUAUUAAUUUAGCACAACAUCCUUAAUUUUUAACUUUAAUAUUAUGAAAAACGAUUGGCUGAUUUACAUGCUUACGUACUCGAUUUUAAAAUCCAAUGUAUCACAAAAAGUCUAUUUUGUAUACAUUUGCAAUGAAAACUAAUAAAUAAGAAUAGUUAAUUGAAACGUAAAACUUAAUAUUUUUCAAAGUUAUUAGUCAUUGAUUUGAAGCUUUACUUUGUAGUUUUAAGGAUGUAGGGGUAUGUGUGUAGGCACACUUGUAUUGCAAAUGCAUGCUUAUGAAGCAGAAUAAUAGGAAUUGUUGAGAAACUACCCCCUAUCCACCCCCACCACAGGUGCAAGGUUAUACUGUAGGUUUGUAUGUCACAACAGAUUUUAUUGCAAUCAGAUGAAGUCUGUAAGUUAGCUUUUAUAAUCCUUAAAAUCAUAAGAUGCUUACAUUAGACACCCGUAAUGUAAUUAAGAAAGAAGUAUUAUUAAAAUAAUAUUACAUACCUAUUAAUAAUAAUUCUUAAAAUGCCUUGAAACUAAUCUAAGUGU